AUGCAGGUAAAAGUUGAGGCACUGGUCGUGAUCAUUUACGGAGUUUACAUUUUUGGAGGAAUUUAUGGCAUCUUGUUCAGGCUCGAUCAGGGACUUGACAAGAAAAGCAUCGUUGGGGUCGGUUCUCUAGUAUGGAAAUUUUAUGAUGCCAAUGAUGAAAUAUUUUAUACGUAUCCAUACAAAAUUCAGGUUGUGAUUGCUGAGCCUUUGAACUAUUCAAAUUCUAGCACCAGAGAAACUAUAUUUCAAAUGCUGACCAAACUGGAAAAUGUGACUCACAUCGGUGAAAGAUCCUUCACCGAUUUUUGGCUGGAUAGUUUUCUGAGAAGGAUCUCUGAUCCAGGAGAUCCCCUGUAUGGAAGUGAUAUUUCCACUGAGCCAAAGUUCAUCAUGCUUUUGAAGAAGUUCUUGGCGGAAUCAAAGAACGAAGCUUUCGUACUUGACGUGAAAUUCUCUGGAGAUGGACCAACUGAAGUUAUUCAAGCUUCGAGGUUAAUGCUCCAGGCAAAAGAUGUGAAGAAGACAUUUGAAGGAGCCCAAUUGAUGCAAGAACUGCGCAAAAUUUGCGAUUCUGCGCCUUUCAAGAUGAUAUCUUACACGGAACUGGAUGACCUUUAUGAUCAG